AUGGGCGUCCCGCGACUCAGUAGCACCGCACCAGCUGAGCCUGAGCUCGGGCGCGCGAGACGUCCGCACUUGUUGCUCGUCGACGACUCGCGUGAAGCACGCCUCAACGAAGAAACGUGGAAACCGGAGGGCUUAGAAGCGCAGUCAGGUGAGGUGUUCGGCAGCUCGUUGGACUACGCAGCAGCAUUGAUGCUCGCUGCUAUGGCGGCCGUGCUGCUAGCUGCUGUAGGCUAUCAGUGCGCUGCUACUUGGAGGUGGCUGAUGGGCAGAACUCGCCGCGACUCGCAAGACAGCAACUGCGAUUCACUCUCGCGCCAAGCAGCGAUCCGCAUUAGUCAUUCUCUUCCUGACCUUCAGACGGAGCCCCUGAAAGAAGAAUAUGUCCAGGAGCAUAAAGACGCAGCUAAGAAAGUCUUAAGGCAGACUACGCUACCCAUCGUACCAGACCGGCAUCAGACCUUCCAACGACAGUUGUCCCAUCGCUUGGAUCUUCCUUCGAUACAGUUCAGCAUCUGCAGCCUGGAACGUGCUGAUUCCUCCAUUGGAUUGAUAAAACCCGAACUCUACAAGAGCGAAUUAGUUCGCCAAUCGUCUACGGACAGCGCGGAGUUGGAAUUUUGUGGGAAACUGCACUUCGCUUUGAAAUACGACCAGGAAGUGGAAGCUUUGGUUGUUAAGAUAUUCGAAGCCCGCGAUUUGCCAAUCAAGGACGUCACUGGCAGCAGCGAUCCAUAUAUCAAGGUGUUCCUGCUGCCAGAUCGGAAGAAAAAGUUCCAGACUAAAGUUCAUCGCAAGAACUUGAACCCGGUUUUCAACGAGACUUUCUUGUUCAGUGUGCCAUACGAAGAACUACGCCAACGUUACCUCCAGUUUUCCGUGUAUGACUUCGACCGGUUCAGUCGCCAUGACCUCAUAGGCCACGUGGUUCUGAAAGGACUGCUGGAGUCAGCUGAUCUGACCCAAGAAAUAGAAUAUACUAUGAACAUACUGGCACCUCCACAGGAAAAGAAGGAUCUCGGAGAAUUGAUGCUUUCCCUUUGCUACCUUCCAACGGCUGGUCGGCUCACUGUCACCGUGAUUAAGGCGAGAAACCUCAAGGCGAUGGAUAUCAACGGAUCUUCAGAUCCUUACGUGAAAAUAUGCCUCAUAUGCCAAGGGAAGCGCAUCAAGAAAAAGAAAACUACCGUCAAAAAGAACACUCUGAACCCCGUAUACAACGAGGCGCUUGUUUUCGAUCUACCCGCUGAAAAUGUUUAUGACGUCACUCUGCUGGUGAAAGUCAUCGACUAUGAUCUAAUCGGUCAAAACGAGUUAAUCGGAUGUACAGCGAUCGGUUCCAACAUGAUUGGUAUCGGUCGAGACCAUUGGCUGGAAAUGCUGGAUAACGCACGCAAACCAGUCGCGCAGUGGUACCCGCUCAACAAGAGCUUACCAACCAACGUCCCAGUUUCCACCAAGGACCACAAAGACCAGAAUGCGGCACUGAAUUGCCUAAAUGUGAGAUGA